ACCUGAAGUAGACUAUCUUUUUACCUCUCGUGUGAAACUAAUUUUUCUUGAUUUGAGGUUCGUCAUGUAAAACCUGUUCACACAUUAUAAGUUGUUCAAGAGUUCCUCCUAGAUGAUGGUUUUCUAUGGGAGAUUUCAAGUUUCCUUAAAGUUUGAUAUUUCAAGUAAACUUCUAUAUCUAAGGCAACUUGAUAAGUUUGGGAUGUGGUUGCAUGAGGUUAUCACAUGAGCUCUCUUUUGACUUUAACUCUUACUCUUUUGAAUUGAGAGACUGCUUGACUAUCAUGUCUCAGGAUUUUGGUUUGGUACCCAGAAGAUGGUGGAACUUGUCUUUUCCUUUGAGGGUGGUUCGAAUUAUUUGAGAUCAACUUAGAUAAUCUUUUUUGGCGAACUGGUAGACAGUCUAGAUUAGCUGAAAUUUGCUAAUGAUAUUCUCCUUGUGAGGGACUGUGCCCGUGGAUGGAGACGUAACCUUUGACAUUUGUGAAUCUAGACUAGAAAUACAAGCUGGACAUAACUAGGGUUAACGAUGGUGGCUGAAAUACUAGUGUUGCUGGAGGGUGUGGCUAGCAUGUAUAGUUGCACAGAGAGGCCGCUUGGAAUGAGCAACGUUGAGUGGAAGUGGCUAACCACCUGUCAGAGUGCGGUUCUGGUGCAGAGAAUGAUGAACCGACAGAGCAAACAGAUGCACGGAGGAAUGGCUCGCAGAAGAGCGACGAUAGAUAGAUUUUCAACCUUGUUAGGAGUGACACACAGACGUGCAGAUUGGUGUGUGAUGCGGUUAAAGGGUACGCCAAUGGUGACAACUAGGGUUGCUUGUUUGGGGAAAUUGCGAGGUUGAGAGCAACCAUGAUUUGGCUAUGCGCGUCUGAGCAAACUGUGCGACUGAGAGCGACCUAGCUAUGGUAUGCACGUUUGGGCCAACUAGAGCUGGUGAUGAAGGUUGGUCUUUGUGGAGAUGGCCGGCUAUGAUAUCGGCUUGUGGUGGAGAUGGUCCAUUAGUGGUGGCCGGUGGCUAGAGUUGUGGUAGCUGAUAAUGAAGGUGGUUCUGGGUUCAUUUUCUGUGCUAUCACAUGUUCUUAAUAACUUUCAUUCGGUUGGUUAUUUACCACGUCAAGAAUUUGUGAGGUCUGAAAUGGUACCAGUGGAACAUGAGAAUGAGGAAACUUCUGCAGAGGGAACUUCUUUGAUUUGCAGUAGAACCCUUCUCUUGAUGAAUGCCAAAUUUAAGUUAAAAUCAGUGGAUUUAGUCCUCCAUAGCCUUGGUGCAAACAGCCAGAUGGACAGAUUUACCAAACAGUUGGCUGAUUUUAUCUUGCCUGAUUACGGAAUUUGGUCUUCUGUUCUCCAAACAUGUUUUGAAAUAACUUACAAAAAAAAUUUUGAAGCUAGCAUUGAUUUGCGUGAAAUUCAGUCCGUAAUUUUCAGAUAUAAGGAUCAUAUUCCCAAGUGUUCUGAUCUGUCUAUACUGAGAAAUCUGUUGCUUGAGUCACAUAAUUGCUUGUAUGAAGCAACUAUUUCUAAUUGUGUAUUUACCGUAUGGUUGAGUCCCAGGGAUGCAUCGGCAUCUUCAAUAAGUGUAAAUGAAACUCAUGGUGGUUCUAUUUCUAUGGGUAAAACAUCAUACAUGUUGGACAAUUCACAGACCAUAAAUGAACACGGAAGGUCAAGGGUUCAGUCUUCUGUUUCUGUUCAAAAUCCAGCAUUUGAUUCAAACAGCCCAGCACUGGUCUCAAGUCAUUGGAUACUCAUAAAUGUAGCUUUGAGUGAGGUAUUUAUGGCAAGAUGCUUGAUGAAGCGUGAUCUGGUUGGAGUACAUCAGUUCAAGAAGCUUCUAUCAUCACUUUCUAUUGGGGAAAAGUUCGAAACUAUCUCUUGGAACAUCCAGGGUGGCCUUCUUUUCCUUGAACCAAAAGCUUUGGUUAUGUUCAUUCAGUAUUUUUCUUUGUACUUCAGUUGCAUUACUAGUCUAUUAUCAACUCGACAAUCAUCUCUUUGCCACAAUGAGACAUCUGAAGUUGAUGUAACGAUGACUGGACUGGAAAAUAGGUUUGCGACAGAAUACAACCAAGAGAUUCUCAUUCAAUCUCAACAAAUCCAUUGGGAAAUUUCAGAGACCUUCUCUCUAGACAUGUCUCAGUGUGAUCUCAUUUUUGUUGUUGAAGAUGGAUCUGAUGGUAUUUGGGAACUCGUUCUUGAAGUUGAUAUCCAUUCCGAUCAUAAAUUGGAAAACAGGCAAAAGAAAUUUAUAUUUGAAAUUUCUCGGAUAUUGAUUCUUUCUCAAGUUCUUCAGAAGAACCUGGGAAAUGGAAACAGAAUUCCUCAUUUUUUUUCUCUAGACUCGGAAGAACUAUCUUCCCAUUUGGCAACCAGUGAUUCCACUGAAGCUUCUCCAUGAAGAGCUGAAAGUGGUUCAGUUGAUUAUGCAAGUUGCUCACAAGAUCCCAUUUCCCAGAAAGAAUCUGCUGUGGAUGAGUGUGUAUUGUCAUCAGAGGCGUUCUGCAUAUGUCAUCAGAACUACAUAUUGAAACAUUUAGGUGCUUUUGUAUCUGUUGUGAAGUCUAAAAACAAUCCUCUGGAGUUAAAACAGGCUUGGGGUGGAAGUGGCUACAUUUCAGGUUUUGAUGUAACAAUAUCUCUGUAUGAAUUGCAGAUGAUCAUGUCCAUGGUUUCACACUUCUCUGGAUUGUCCAGUACAGAGAUGAAUGGUCAGUCAGUAGAAAAUCAUCGAUCCUACGACCAAGAAACUGAUGCGAACACCGAGGCAAUGGUUCCUGAUGGAGCAAUUGUAGCAAUUCAAGAUGUACACCAACACUUGUAUUUUGCGUUCGAAGGCGGGGAAAAUAUGUACGCUCUAACUGGAACCCUUCACUAUUCUCUUGUGGAAGAAAGAGCUCUUUUCCAGGUAACUUCCUAUUCUCUUUCAGACCUUUAAUUCCAGAAGAAUGGAUAAACUCUGAGAGUCCCCUUUCAGUGGAAUGGUCAAAUGAACUUAAAGGUGGAAAGGCAGUUCGUCUAUCUGGAAUCUUUGAUAAAUUAAGCUAUGGAGUGCAAAAGGUUUUAUCUAUGGAGUCUACAAAAUGUUCCUUUAGCACUGCAUAUUGUGCCCUCAAAGCUGGAGAUGCAUGCGUGGGCAACAUGCAUUUUCUUGUCUAAACC